AUGGCGAGCUCUAAUACGAUCCUUGUAUCCGGUCUAGAUGCACGUGAAAUGGCAUUAGCCAAGAACACACCCGAGCAAUUGAUCGAACAUCAACGUGUGACACAGGGAAAAGUACGGACACGUUUUCCACCGGAACCAAAUGGUUAUUUACAUGUCGGGCAUGCGAAAUCCAUGAAUAUGAACUUCUUUGAAGCGUUUGAGAAACUUCAGGUGCCAUUAGACAAACGUGAGACUUAUUUUCGCUACGAUGAUACAAAUCCAGAGGCUGAGAGCAAUGAAUACAUUGAUGCUAUUGCUACUAAUGUCCAGUGGUUGGGCUAUACGCCUGCUAAAGUCACAUAUAGUAGUCAAUACUUUGAGGAAUUGUAUGAAUUAGCACUCAAGCUCAUUCGAAAAGGCAAAGCUUAUGUGUGUCAUCAAACUAAGGGAGAGAUUGAAGCUUCACGUCUUGUACUGCAACAAUUUCAUGCCACAUCGGGUGCCAAGAGUGAUAAGGAUGUAUCAGAGACGGCCAAAUCACCCUUUCGGUCACGCUCAAUCGCUGAAAAUUUGGUCGAAUUUGAAAAAAUGCGGCUUGGUUUGUAUGGUGAGGGCGAAGCGUGUCUACGAAUGAAGAUGGAUCUCGGGAGUCCGAAUCCCAAUAUGUGGGACCAUGUGGCGUAUCGCAUCAGGUUUGUACCACAUCCGCACAUUGGUGACAAGUGGUGUAUCUAUCCAACCUAUGACUACACGCACUGUAUUGUGGAUGCCCUGGAACACAUUGACUACUCGAUUUGUACACUGGAGUUUGAGACGCGUCGUGAAUCUUACUAUUGGCUACUGCAUGAACUUGAUUUGUUCAAACCCAACGUGUACGAGUUUGCUCGUCUCUCCAUGACCUACACAGUGCUCAGUAAACGCAAACUACUCAAGCUCGUGAUGUCCAAGAUCGUGCGUGGCUGGGACGAUCCACGUAUGGGCACACUCAAUGGUCUUCGACGUCGCGGCUUCACGCCAGAGAUCAUUAAGCAGUUUUGCAAAGAGAUUGGUGUUACUCGCGUGCAAUCGACGAUCCAGAUCGAGCGGCUGUACUCCGUGGCUCGCAACAUCCUUGGCGAGUCAUCAAAACGCGUGAUGGCCGUGCUUGACCCCGUGGAGUUGGUCAUUGAGAACUUCAGUGAUGUACCUGACAAGAGCGCACUAUCAUUGCUCGUACCGGACUAUCCUCAGGACGUGAAUCGCGAUGGUGGUAAAGCGUACCACCAGGUGCGACUCACACAAAAAAUAUUUCUUGACCGCACCGACGUACGCACAGAGGACUUGAAGGACUUUUUUGGUGUGGCGCCGAAUAAGCAGGUGCGUCUGAAGUACGCGUUCCCGUUCACAUGCACGAAGCUGGAGACAGACGAUAGCGGGCGUGUGACAAAGGUGCUGGGUCAAAUGGACUGGACAAACUCGGCAAAGCCCAAGGGCGUGCUUUCAUGGGUGCCUGCGAACAGUCCAAAGGUGGAGGUACGUGUGUACUCGCAUCUCUUCACGGUCCCGGAGCUGCCAAACGAUGUGAAGGACUGGGAAUCUUUUGUGGACUCAAAGAACUCGGAGCGUGUAUAUGGCUCUGCACGCAUGGACCCCGAGUCGUACGCCAAGAACGUGGACAGCAUCGUGCAGUUUGAACGUAUCGGCUACUUUGUGCCAGACCAGGACUCGACAACGGACAAGAAGGUGUUCAACCAGAUCGUGGCGCUCCGUGACGGCGGUGGUGAGGUGACUGGCAAUGCGGCCAUCUCGGGUGCCAAUGCCAGUCGCAAGGACGCCCAAAUGCAGCAACUGGCACUCAAGAUGGAGAAGAUGAAGCUGUCGCCGAUCGACAUGUUCAAAAAGCAGCCAGAACUGUAUGGACAAUUUGAUGCCGAGGGUGUACCAACGCACAAUGCUGUUGGUGAGGAGCUGACGAAGAACCAGCGCAAAAAGCUCAAGAAGGAGCAAGACAAACAGAAGAAACUGCACGACGCGUACUUGGCCAACGUGAAGGCGUAG